CGGGCUCCCCCCGAGCCCACCCGUGUGUCCUGGCACACGAGGCUGCAGGGAGGGUCACGGUGCCCCUGCAGCACUCCAGCUGCUGCCCCAGCCCCACUGUGGCCCCUCACCCCUCCUGGCGGAGUCUGUGGUGCCCACCCAGCCACUCCCUCACACCCCACUGGGGGCCCUGAGGGGGUUAGAGGGGCGUCCCCGCAGGCCAGGCUGGGGUGGGGACCCCACGGCCCCAUGGUGACAAGGGGUCCCAGGGGCUUGGGCAGCCCCCCGAGAUCCCCCCAGUUGUGCAGUGUGGCACAUUAGGGGGGCUUGGGGGACCCCACCGCCACCACCGCGGCUUUCGGGGCGGGAGCCGGACCCCCGGAGCGGGUUGGCCCGUUCCCGGGGAGGGGAUGCCCAGAAUAGCUCCGCUAUCCGAUUCCCGCUGGAGGGGCCUCGUUCCCCCUAGGGGCUGACAUUUGAGCCCGGCAGCGGCACAGACUGUCUGGACUUCCCGGAAUCUCCCGGCACCGCCGUGGCCCCCCGGGACGAGCAGGGGAUGGCGGGCGGGAGGCGCCGUGGGGGCGGUGGGCGGCGGGGGGGACCCCAGCAGCACACGGGGACCCCCCAGCCAGCCCCGCCGCCCGCACCCCUCUGCCCUGCAGCCCCCACGGCCCAGCCAGCAGGCGCUGCCCCCAAAGCCGGCCGCCCCAAGAAGGUCGUGGAGGAGCGGGCGGCGAGGGCUCCGGACGUGGACUCGCUGGGCUUCCAGGCCAUGGACCGCAACGUGCCGGGGCUGUCCCACGUCAUCCUAAAGAAGCUCAACAUGGAGAGCUACGAGGACUACAAGUCUGCCAUGGACGGGAGGAAGAGCGGCAGCGAUUUCGGCAUCCGGACCUACUUUGACAUGUUCCAGAAGAUGGAGGACACCUUCAAGUUUUGUGCUGAAUGCAAGAAGCUCCCUGAUGCCCUCCCUGACCCCAAAAGCCUCCGACGUUGCAAGAGGUGCCAAAACGUGUACUACUGUGGCGUGGCAUGCCAGCGUGCCAACUGGCCACUGCACAAGAAGUUCUGCAAGAAGCUGAAGCUGGUGGCCCUGGAUCGGUUGGUGGAGUGGCUCGUCUUCACAGGAGACAUCCCCUUCCCCACGGAGACCUGGACAAAACCCGCCCGGGAUGUGAAGGGCUGGGAGGACUGGUUCUCCAUGCAGGAGCAGCUGGAGGAGAAGCUGGGUGCCAUCGUGGCCGGGCGGUACAUGACCCUGCUCUGGGCUAACGCUGGGAAGCCCCGGCCGGAGGACGGGGAGCUGCGCCAGUCCAUCCGGCGCCUGGUCACCGACUUCCACUCACGGCCGCUCACCAUCGGCCUGGGGCUGCGGCUUUUCGGCAUCGACCCCCUUGCCAAGCCCCUCACCGUGCACGUGGUGGGGGCCUCCCACGUGGAGACCCUCAAUACCCGGCCGACGGACUACGACGAGCUGACACGGAUGUUUCCAGGGCACCAGGGCAUGGAGAUGGUGAUGGUGGGUGUGGACGUGGUGGACGGACCCAUCAUGAGGCCACCCCUGGCCACGCCAGCGCCCCGGGGAAGGGUCUAUCUCAGCAGCUACAAGGGGCUCUACCACGACUUCUGGGAAAGCCACGUGGAGACCAAGCUGGCUGCCCGUCCUGACCUGGUGGUGGGAUUUCACCCAGGUUUCCACGCCUGCCCAGACCUGCUGGCGGGGUGGCUGCCCACCCUGCUGCUGCUGCGGGACUAUGGCCUGCCCGUGCUCUUCACUGUGUACAGCGAGCAGGAGCUGAAGGCCUCCCUGCAGAUCCUCGUGGAGCUCGAGACACACAUCGUGGGCUACGCCAGCAACCCCUUUGCCUCCCUGCGGCCCGAGCAGGUCUACUCCAGCCCCAACAAGGCACCUGUCUACUGCAGCUCCCACUACAUUGCCCUGCUGGGAGCAGAGGCGUCUGCUGUGCCAGGGGCCGAGGGGCUGGAGGAUGAUGAUGAUGGCUGGCAGGGAGGGGAGCCCAGUGCUGCUGCUGCUGUGGGUGGGGGCAUCACCCCCGUGCUGGGCUGAUCCCGCACAGUCAGCACCGUCCUACCUGCCCUGCCCAGCUGCCCCCCAGCCCUCGCUGCCCCAUCCCAGGACCUCAUCUCCCCAUCCCAGGAUCAGCGAUCCAGCCAUCCCUCACUGCACACAUCCAGUCCUGGGGGAACGCAGCACCCUGGCACAGGCAUGGCACCCCUCCACAGCGCCAAAUAAACCCCUGCCAGCAACCGG